CACCAUUUCGCGAUUUGUACGACUCGAAAGAGAACGGUGUCGGUAUUUUGUAAUUUAUUACAACACGCACCACGUUUAGUCUGUGAUUUGUGUCAACGACAUGGGAAGUUCGCAGUCUGCUUUGAAUUUCGGGGCUGGGCCCGCUAAAUUGCCCAGAGAGGUUUUGGAACAGGUGCAAUCCGAAUUUCUGUCUUACAAAAAGAUGGGAAUGAGCAUCAUCGAAAUGAGCCACCGUUCCAAGGAAUACAUGGACAUUAACAAAAACGCUCAACAAGCUGUACGAGCCUUGUUAAAAGUCCCGGACAACUACAACAUCCUCUUCAUGCAAGGGGGAGGAUGCGGAACCUUCGCCGCCGUAGCCCUGAAUCUCAUCAACAGAACGGGAACUGCUGACUACGCCGUGACUGGAACUUGGUCGGGGAAGGCCGCCAAGGAAGCGACGAAGUACGGGAAAGUGAACCUCCUAUUCCCCAAAGCCGACAAACCGGGCAGUAUUCCGGAUCAGAGGACGUGGAACUACGAUCCUAAGGCGUCCUACGUCUAUUAUUGUGAUAACGAAACCGUCGACGGAGUUGAAUUUCCAUACGUGCCAAACACGAACGGGGUCCCGAUCGUAUGUGACAUGUCUUCCAGCAUAAUGACCAAGAAAGUAGACGUGUCGAAGUUUGGAGUCAUCUUCGGGGGAGCCCAAAAGAACAUCGGCCCCUCCGGAGUGGUCGUCGUAAUAAUCAGGGAAGAUUUAUUAGGGAACCCCAUGACUGUUUGCCCUUCAGUAUUCGAUUUCACCCACAUCAACAAGGAGAAUUCUAUACACAAUACACCGUCCACUUUUUCGGUGUACGUGAUGGAGAAGGUGCUGCAGUGGAUAAUAGAGAAGGGAGGGGUCGAGGCCAUGGAGAAGCAGUCGGACGAGAAGAGCAAGUUGCUCUACGAGACCAUGGCGAAUUCUAAGUCGUAUUAUUGCUGCCCGAUCGACGCCAACGUGAGGAGCAGGAUAAAUAUCCCGUUCCGGGUUGGAGGGAAAAUGGGGAACGAAGCGCUCGAAGCGAAGUUCCUGGAGGAGGCGGAGAAGUUGAAUAUGUUUCAGCUUAAGGGUCACCGGUCGGUCGGGGGGAUCCGGGCUAGCUUGUACAACGCCGUGUCCUUAGAUGACGUGACGUUGCUGGUUAAGUUUAUGAUGGAAUUUCAGAAGCAAAAUCCUGUUAAUAAUUGAUCGUUUUUAAUGUAAUAUUUAAUUCGUUAGGUAGAUUGAUAAAUUAUGUCGAUAUUUAAGCAAAGACUGGAACGAAGUAUGAAUUUUUAUAAUAAUUUUAAAUAUACAUUUUUAUAAAACUA